AAAGAAGAACGAAAAAUGAAAAACGAAAAAAAAAAAAACAGCGAAAAGUUAAAGCAGCAAAUCAAUUGCCUUUGCUCAUUUCAGGUGAAAACAACGCAGCAACAGCGCACCACCACCACCACCACCAACAACAACAACAACAACACACGAAAGACAACAACAACGUCCUCAGCACCAGUUACACGCACAACUUGUGACAUCGAGGAAAUUUGGGACGAGCAAUUACUUAGGCAAUUGCUGGAGCAGGCGUCCACGUACGAGGAGCGUCGCAAGAUCCGUGCACGUUUACGCGAACUUAUGGCGGAACGCGAAGAGGUAAAAAGUGUUAAGGCAGGCGGCGAGAAUUCCGCGGCCAAAGAAGCUGAGGAAGAGAGCAGCGCCAGCGAAUAUGAGGAGAUAAUUGAGGAGGUAACUGACGACAGCAGCGACGAGGAGGAGAAGCCGGAGCAAGACAAGCUAGAGAAGGAGAAGGAAAAGGAAAAAGAUAAGGAGAAAGAGAAGCAGAAGGAGCAGGAAAAGGAAAAGUCCACCAAGGAGCUUGAACAAAAGUUGGCCAAAGUUGAGCUCAGCAAGGAGCAAGUGGAUGGGGCACAGGGUGAGUCCCUGCCACAGCCACAAUCACAGUCACAGUCUCAGUCACAGUCACAGUCACAGUCACAGUCAGCAGCUGGAGCAGCUAUAGAAACAUCGACAGGAAAUAGUCAUAGCGUUAGCGUUAGUAGGAAAACGAUAAAUAAUACGAGUAGCCUUAGUAGCAGUAGCCAAAAGUUAGCACAGACCAAAGACACGACACAAGCGAACGAUACGAAAGAGGAGCUGCAGCAGGCGGGCAGCAUGAAACGGCUGAGUGUGCCGCCCAAGGAGGACUCGGGCACGGAGAGCGGCGAGGAUUUGCGCCUGCUGGCGGCGGGACUGCGCGACACGCUGCAGCAGCGCAGCAGCAGCAGCGACGACGCGAACCGCGGCCUGCUCGACGAGGUCACCGAUGCCCUCACCCGGCUCGAGUGCAGCCUGAAGCUGGGCCAGGAGCUGGCCGUCGACGGCAGCCAACGGCAGGCGCUGCUCGCGCUCAUCGCCCGCCUGCAGAGCGGACUCAGUGCGCCCGAGAAGCUGCCCAAGAGCGAUGCCAGCAGCGCGAACAGUGCCACGGACAACGGGGAGGGGCAGGCGGGGCUGGCGGGGCAGGCGGACGCGGAACAGCAGCAGGCGGCGGGCAGGCAGCGCUUCGCGAAGCGACGCCAGCGCAACAAUCGGCACACGGUGGGCGUCAGCCGCGAGGAGCUGGCCGACGCCCGGCGCUACAUGGAGGACAUGCUGCUGCUGGAGCAGCAGCGGCCGCUGCCCGCCAGCAGCCAGCUGCCGCUGGAGCGCAACGCCAGCUCGAGCGCGAUUGUCGGGGCGCCGAGCACGCAGCUCUACAGGCCCAAUCAGUUUGUGCCCAAGCAGCAGCAGCAGCAGCAGCAGCAGCAGCAGUUGCUGAGGCCGGGCAAUGCCAAUGGCAAUCGUCGUCCGCUCUCGGGCGACUAUGCCGUUAGCUUUGCCAGCUAUGCAGCCGCCGAGGCAGCCCAGCCGCGCUUCACCAGCAACAACAGCAGCAGCAGCAAUGGCAACGGCAGCAGCAGCAACAAGAAACAGCUGAUGAAGCGCGCCAAUACCAUCGAUAUACCCAAGCUGAAGAUGAACUAUGACGGGGACAGCGACUCGGAGCUGGAGCAGCAACAGCUGCAGCAGCAGCAGCAGCUGCCGGGCCUGAAGCGCGCCGUCCAGGUUAGCGUGAAGCGGCGCGUGCAGCACGUGGUGCCGCCGUUCGAGCCCAAGACCGAGAACGAUCACAAGUUUCUGGCCUUCAUCAACAAGCAGAGCCACCAGGGCGGCCUCGGCUGGGCGGGCGCGCGUUCCGUCUCCAACUGGACGCACAAGUUCGGCAACAUCAAGCACACAUUCGAGACGGGCGCGGCGGCAACGGCCACCAAAGGCAAGCCGCCGCAGCCGCCCAAUCACCAUCAUCAUCACCACCACCACCAACAGCAGCAACUGCAGCAGCAGCAGCAGCAGCAGCAACAGUUGCUGCUGGAGCGCCAGCGUCGGCAAGAGCUGGAACGGCAGCUGCGCCUGGAGCAGGAGGCGCGCUUUGAGCGUGAGCAGCGCGCGCGCAUGGAGCGUGAAUACUACGAGCAGCAGCAGCAGCGGCAACAGCUGGAGCGACAGCAGCAACUGGAGCGCCAGCGACUGCAGCAGGAGCAGCUGGAGCGGCAGCGGCGGCAGGAAAUGGAGCUGCGCAUGCAGCAGCAAAGAGAGCGUGAACGCGACCGAGAACGUGAGCAGCAGCAAGCAGCAGCAGCAGCAGCAGCAGCGGCAGCAGCUCAAGCAGCAACAAUUGCUGCUGCAGCUGCUGCUGAUACGCCCCUGAAUCAGUUUAUACACGCGCCCCAAUCCGUCUUUAGGCCCAUCGAUCAGGGCCAGCCGCCAGCUGGGAAUAUCUACAAGCCCAUAGCGCAGAAGCCGAACAGCUGGCAGCCGGCGGCAACAGUUGCUGCCAGCAAGAGCGCGCAGCAGCACUUGCAGCCGCGUCCCAGCUACAGCAACACGCCCUCGCCCGCCUCCACCUCGCCCAUCGGGCUGCCCUGGCUGGCCAAGCCGCGCGUGGACAACAGCGACUUCAAGCGCAAGGCGCACCACUUCGAGGAGCGUUCGCUGCGCGAUCAGCUCGAACAGCAGCAGCAGCAACAGCAGCAGCUGCAGCAACCACCGAGCGCCGUCUUUGUGCAGCGUCACAAUUCGCUGCGUUCGAAGGCGCCGCCAGCAGCGCUGAGUGAAUUCAAGAAGCGACCCUCGCUGCCCAACGCCAUGCAGCCGGAGCUGGAUCUGUAUGCGAGUAGAAAUCAUGUUGCUGCUGCGGCACCAGCACCGCCUCCGCCCACAAACAUCUCGUUUACGUAUGCGGACUAUGCGCCCGUGCGACGCACCGCCACCAAUCUGGCCAAUUAUCGCAGCCAGCCGUGCCUGAGCAGCGCCAUGGAGCCGCUGACGAAUCCGCUGGCUGCACCGCUCGUGCUGACCAAUGCGAAUCCCACCUACUUGCCCACGCGCUUCGACUAUGCCAGCCCCGUGGACAGCCCCACCAGCUGCCUGACGGCGCCCGCCAUGACGGACAACACCGACGACGACCUCGACUUGGACUCGGAUCACAAUAUGCACGAGUAUCGUGCCGAGAUCAAGGUGAUGCGCAAGCCACGCAGCCAAACGGCCGUCACGGUGGCCGGACGACGCACCGCCCACGUCAGCGACGACGAGGUCUACGGCCGGAACUCGCGUGCGGCCAAAUCUCUGCUCUACACAAUGAAGCAGCUGGGCAGUGGACCGAAUCCGAAUCCGAAUCCGAAUGCGAUUCCGGCUCAGAGUGUGAGUCAGCUGAAGCCAAGCGGCACGCGUGCACCGCUGCCGGUGCAGCCACUGAGUGCGCCCAGUUCGCCUAGCAAGCCCUCCGGCUGCCUCUCGCCGGACGGACGCCUCUACCAGGCACCGCUGGUCGAGCCACUGUUUCCACAGCUCAGCAGCUACGAGGCGAAUCGCCAGCCGCAGUACGUCAAGGCAGCAGGAGCAGCAGCACCACCACCACCACCACUGGCGGCGCAGUCCAACUACAUGGGCGAGACGCAAUCGAGCUAUGUGGUCACCUAUCCGCUGGAGGACUCCGCCGAUGAGCAGGAGUCGAGCGUGAGCUUAAGACGUUCCAGGCGCACCUCCGAGCAUUCGACGGCCAGCAGCAACAUAUCGCUCACCUCGCCGCACACCAGCUGGACGGCGAAUCCGAUGCAUGCACCACCAACACCACCGCCGCCCGUCGAUCGCAGCACCAAGCCACAGUUGGCGCCGAAGCCACAGCAGCAGCAGCAGCAGCAACAGCAGCAGCAACAGCUGAAGCAGCAACAGCAGCAGCAACAGCAGCAGCAGCAGCAACAACAGCAACAGCAACAGCAGCAACAACAGCAGCAGCAGCAACAGCUGAAGCAGCAACUGCAGCAGCAGCAGCCACAGGCUCGUCCACGUUUGAGUGUGCGCAGUCAUACGAUAAGCGAGUCCACCUAUCAGAGCAGCACCACACACCAGCAACAGUUGCUGCGCGAACAGCAACAACUGCAGCAGCAACAGCAGCAGCAACAGUUGCUCGAGCUGCGACGCAAGAGCAUGGGCAAUGUGCUCGAGUACAAGUCGUCGGCGCCCGCGGAUACGCCGGACAUUGUGAAGUCGUCGCUGCCGAAGGAGAAUGCGCCGCUGCUGAAGAAAUUUGGGCCACCACAGCGGCACCACUAUGUGCCCAACGCGUAUCAGAGUCCGCAGCUGAACAAGCGCAUGAGCAGCAGCACCAGCCACAUCAGCCAGAUCAGCAGCAGCAGCGGCAGCGGCACCACCGGCUACAUGACAACCACGAAGCCAGUGAUUGUGGAAACACCAGCGACACCGCAGCCGACAGCAGGAGUUGGAGCUGCCGCCGAGCCCGCGCCCGAGGAUCAAAUACCCCGGAAUAUUGUGUUCAACAAUGUGAGCGCGUUCAGUUCGCUCAGCCGGCGCUCGCAGGAGGAGGAGUUCCAGCAGCAGCAGCAGUUCAAUGGCGGUGGCUCGCGCAUGAAUCGGCUGAGCAAAUGUGAUUCGUGGCAUCAGAUAUGCCAGCAACAGCAGCAGCAGCAACAGUUGCCGCCGUUGCCACAGCAACAGUUGCCGACAUCGCCCGGCGAGCUGCGACGCACCAAAUCCGGGCACUCGCUGUCCGUGCCAAAGCUGUACGAGGCGGGCAUCAACAAGGAGCAGCUGGGCGAAAAGCAACGUACCGUUGCGGCCUAUUUCUCCGGGCAGAAGUCGCCGCAGCUGGAGGAGCUGCGCACCACAGCAACCACAUCGAGCAGCGUGCAACGUAAAUCCGCCAUCAAUCGAACGAAAACAAGCGAAAAAUUGUCAGCGGCUCGCAAAUCGCUCAGCUCGUUAAAUUCCAGCUCGAACGCACAACACAAGCAACAAAGCUCAACGACCAGCGAACGCACCGAGACAAAAUCAAAAGAUGGCGGCGCAAUUGUCACCACAACAACAACAAAAGUUACCACACGCACUGUGAGCGGCAGCGCUGCCAACAACAAGAACAUCUCGCCGCUGGCCAAAUUCAAGCAGCUCGAUAAAGCUGCCCAGCAGCAGCAGGCUCAAAAAUCAUCUCCAACAACAAGCACACCCACGACCCCAGGCGGUUCAGCACAACCGUAUUUCAAAUUUACCGAUCCGGCAUUAAAUGCGCGCGCCGCCACUGUCAAGGAUCAACUUCUGCAGUGGUGUCAGCACAAAACGCAGGAAUAUGAGAACGUCCAAAUAAGCAACUUUAGCUCGAGCUGGUCCGACGGCUUGGCCUUUUGUGCGCUGAUACAUCAUUUCUUGCCAGAUGCAUUUGACUACAGUCAACUAACCAAACAAACUCGCAAACACAACUUUGAGCUGGCCUUUAGCGUGGCUGACGAAAAAGCUGGCAUUGCUCCUCUGCUAGAUGUGGAAGAUAUGGUUCAGAUGAGUCGACCCGACUGGAAAUGUGUCUUUGUUUAUGUGCAGAGCAUCUAUCGUCGUUUUCGCAAUUGCCAGUAAAACCAACAAGCAA